GAUGCCUCGAAGAGCAGUAUCAUCCAGAGGUAGAGGACAUAGCCAACAUCUGUCUAUGAAUGAAAUAGAUGAGGCAGUACAGGUGCAGGAGGAAAUACUGGAGCACACUCCACAAGCAUUAGGGGGCCAAGCAAAUGCAUCCUCAUCAUCAUCAGUUCGAACUAGAGGUCCGAAUUUGGGACAUCCUAUCCCAUCAAACCCAUCUGAUCGACAAUUGAUUAGAUUGAAAGGAACUGUUUUUUUAGAUUCCACAGUUACUAGAUCAAUCACUAAUGACAUUAAGAUGCGCUAUACUGCUCCAUGGAAAACUUGGUCAGAAAUACCUUUAAAGACAAAAGACGAGCUCUUCGGACUUUUUCGGAGUCGAUAUGCAUGGGAUGAGAGUGAAGAAGGUAUGGUUCGAAUUGCUUGGGAAAAGAUUGGAUGGAGGCAGAGAUAUGGAAUGAACUUGUUGCAUAUUGGAGUACACCAGAGUGGAGAAAGAAAUCAGAAGCUGGUAAAGCAAAUAGAAACGUAGAAAAAGAUGGGACUAUUACGAAACACUCUGGUGGUUCAAUAAAAUUGAAGGUUCAUGAGAA